AUGUACCCGACACCAGCUGCACCUGAGCCCCCAGUGCCUAUAGUGUAUCCAGCAACAACUGCACCAGCGAUACCGGUUGCUCCACAUCCGGUGCCACUACCUGCCGUACAUCGAGUCGCGGCCACCUAUGCUGACCCUGUAGUACCACCAGUAGUAUAUGCUCCAGUUUAUGCAGCACCACCGGGAGUACCUCCCCCGGUCUAUGCAGCGGUCCCACCUAUAGCACCAACUCCAGUGUUUCCGCCAGUUCCAACAGCUGUCCCUACCCACCUCCCAUAUAUUGUCGCGGCACGAGCUCAGAUCCCAACAUUGGCAAAGUCGAUGAAGAGUUGA